CAAGGAUCCUCCUGCCUCAGCCUCCGGAGUGCUGGGAUUACAGGCAUGCGCUAUCACGCCCGGCUUGUCAGAUCUUUCACAUCAUCCUGUGCAUACUUUUCAUAAGAUGCUGUGGAAAUAAAACUCUAGUUAGACUUGCGCUUGGUAAAGAAGAGACCAGUGUUUAGAUGGAAUCACAAUACCAGGAAAAGAAGAUUAAAGAAGAUUAAUCAACCAGUUUUUGUAAUUUUAAAAACAUGGUCCAUGGGUCAGUGACCUUCAGGGAUGUGGCUCUUGACUUCUGCCAGGAGGAAUGGGAAUGCCUGGACUCUAUUCAGAGAGACUUGUAUAGAGAGGUGAUGUUGGAGAACUACAACAACCUAAUUGCAGUGGCAGGAAGUACCAUUUCUAAGCCAGAUGUGAUUGCCUUACUAGAGCAAGAGAAAGAGCCCUGGAUGGGUGUGAGGAAGGAAACAAGUAGGCGGUACCCAGAUUUGGAGUCAGAUUAUGGAGCUGAGAAAAUACCUCCAGAAAAUAUUUAUGAAAUAAAUUUAUCCAAACAGAAUAUAAAGCAAAUAAGUAACAUUCCUGGCCUUAGGUCUGGCAGUUUUAGAAAUGACUCAAAACACAGUUUUGAGAGACUGAAUGGAUGUCAAGAAGAAUAUAUCAAUCAAAAGAUACUCAGCUGUGAGAAAGAAAAGCCUACUUAUACCAACUAUAUUCUUACUCACAGUACAGAUAAACUAUAUAAAUGUAAGAAAUGUAGGAAAUCCUUUAGUUGUCACUCAAAUCUUAUUCAACAUCAGAGUGUUCAUACUGGAAAGAAACCCUAUGAAUGUAAGGAAUGUGGGAAGGCCUUUAGGCUUCAUAUACAACUUGCCCAACAUCAGAAAUUUCAUACUGGUGAGAAAUCUUUUGAAUGCAAGGAAUGUGGAAAGACCUUCUUCAGUUGUGCCUCAGACCUUGUUCAACAUCAGAAUACUCAUGAUGGUAUGAAACCAUAUGAAUGUAAGAAAUGUGGGAAAAUAUUUAAUCAUAGUUCAAACCUCAGUCAGCAUCAGAAGACUCAUAGUCCUGAGAAACCCUUCGUAUGUAAAGAAUGUGGGAAGGCAUUUAGAUUUCCUUACCGACUUAUUGAACACCACAGAAGUCAUACUGGUGAGAAACCCUUUGAAUGUAAGGAAUGUGGGAAGGCUUUCAGACUUCAUCUACAACUUUUUCGACAUCAGAAAACUCACACUGGUGAGAAAUCCUUUGUAUGUAAGGAAUGUGGGAAGGAAUUUAGAUAUCGUUACCUACUUAUUGAACAUCAUAGAAUUCAUACUGGUGAGAAGCCCUAUAAGUGUAGAGAGUGUGGGAAAGGCUUUAAUCGUGGUUCAAACCUCAGCCAGCAUCAGAAGAUUCAUUCCAGUGAGAAGCCCUUUAUAUGUAAGGAGUGUGGGCAGGGCUUUAAAUAUCAUCAUCAAUACGUGGAGCAUCACAGAGUUCAUACUGGUGAGAAGACACAUAAAUGUAAGGAAUGUGGGAAGGUCUUUAUUCUUCUGACACAGUUUGUUCAACAUCAAAACAUUCAUACUGGUAAGAAGCCAUUUGAAUGUAAGGAAUGUGGAAAAACCUUCAGUUGUGGCUCAAAUCUUGCUCAGCAUCAGAAUAUUCAUGCUGGUAUGAAACCAUAUGAAUGUAAGGAAUGCGGGAAAAGUUUUAAUCGUAGUUCAAACCUCAGUCAGCAUCAGAAGACUCAUACUGGUGAGAAACCCUUUGUGUGUAAGGAAUGUGGAAGGGCAUUUAGGUAUCAUUACCGUCUUAUUGAACAUCACAGAAGUCAUACUGGUGAGAAACCUCUUGAAUGUAAGGAAUGUGGGAAGGCUUUUAGAGUUCACCUGCAACUUUCUCGACAUCAGAAAACACAUACUGGUGAGAAAUCCUUUGUAUGUAAGGAAUGUGGGAAGGAAUUUAAAUAUCAUUACCGACUUAUUGAACAUCACAGAAGUCAUACUGGUGAGAAACCCUUUGAAUGUAAAGAAUGUGGGAAGACUUUUAGACUUCAUCUACAACUUUCUAGACAUCAGAAAACUCAUACUGAUGAGAAAUCCUUUGUUUGUGAGGAAUGUGGGAAAGCAUUUAGAUACCAUUACCGACUUACUGAGCAUCACAGAAGUCAUACUGGUGAGAAACCAUUUGAAUGUAAAGAAUGUGGGAAGGCUUUUAGACUUCACCUACAACUUUCUCGACAUCAGAAAACACAUACUGGUGAAAAAGCCUUUGUAUGUAAGGAAUGUGGGAAGGCGUUUAGAUACCAUCACCGACUUAUUGAACAUCAUAGAAUUCAUACUGGUGAGAAGCCCUAUAAAUGUAGGGUAUGUGGGAAGGGCUUUAAUCGUGCUUCAAACCUCAGUCAGCAUCACAAAAUUCAUUCUGGUGAGAAACCCUUUAUAUGUGAGGAAUGUGGGCAGGGCUUUAAAUAUCAUCACCAAUAUGUGGAACAUCACAGAAUUCAUACUGGUGAAAAACCCUAUGAAUGUAAGGAAUGUGGAAAGACUUUCAGACUUCACUUACAACUUUCUCGACAUCGGAAAAUUCAUACUGGUGAGAAUUCUUUUGAAUAUAAGGAAUGUGAGACUCCUUCAGACGUCACUACUAACGUACUGAACAUCAGGGAAUUUAUACUCAUAUGAAAUCCUAUGAAUGUGAAGGGAAAUGCUUUUGACAGAGUUUAGAUCUUACUCAACAUCAGAAUAUUUAUAAUAGAGGCUCUUUGAAUAUAAGGAGUGUGAGAAGGCUUUUAGUCUUUCCAUGUAGCUUAAUCAUCAUAACCCUCAUCCAGGUGAGAAACUGAAAGAAUACAGAAAGCCCUUUAAUGUGUCAAACCUUGUUGAACAUCAAAGUAUUCAUGCUAGUAUGAAACCAUAUGAGUGGAAAUGUGGGAAAGGGUUUAAUUGAGGUUCAAACCUCAGCAUCAGAAAAUUGAUUCUGCUUAAAAACCUUUUGUAAGGAAUGUAGGAAAGCUUUUAGAUGUCACGGUUAGUGAACAUCACUGAAUUCAUACUGAUGGGAAGCCCUAUGAGUGUAAAGGUGUGAGAAAUCCUUUAGACAAGUGUUCGUUGCUUAUCAAUUCACGCAGGUCUGGAACCCUGUGAUUAAGAAUGUGGGAAAGUCUUCAAAUGGUUUGCUUUGUUGACCUCAGAAAAUUUAUAAUGUCACAAGUCCUAUGAAUAUAAAGAGUGUGGAGAAGGCUCUGUAUAAAAAAUUUACUUACUUGAGAAUUUA